AGGUUAGCUGUUCAAAAAGCCAAUCUCAAAGCUCCGAGUAUUUCGGUUUCGGACAUUUGGGGUUCUUUUUCAACCGAAUGCCUGAAAAUGGAAUAAAAAUACUCUAUCUUCAAUCCCACAAGAUAAAGAUUCUUUUGAUUUCUUGGUAUUCUUUUGCUGCUGCUUUCCAUAAAAAUCUUCAAGAAAAGAAGGAAAAACCAGAAGAAUCAGUGCUUUUUUCAGUUGAUCUAAAAGCUCGAGCCCUUAGAGGAUGGCAUAUCAAUGUAUAUCAAGCGACUUUAACACUGUGACAGAAUCUAUAGUGGUGAAUCACCAAAUAAUGUUUCCUCAAAGUGGAUUGGGAUUUACACUGAAUGAAACUGUUUCAGGCCUAGCUUUUAAUUCUUUGGAUUCAAGCUGAUGGUGAAUCAGGAUGAAGAUCAUUACCUCAACCUCCCACGCAGAGAACUUCAAUGGUUAUGCAAGAAACAUGGUCUUUCUGCAAAUAAAACAAAUUCUCAAUUGGCUGAGUUGCUAAUCUCCUUUUACAAGGGUCAAGAUGCUGGUCCAGCACCCACACAGGAGGAGAGAUCCAGUGAAGAGGUCUUGCCUUCUGCAUUACCUGCAUCAGAUUUGAAACUUGGAGUACCAUUGAAAUCUUUGGAAGAACCCAACAGAGUGCGUAAAAGAAGAGUGGAAUCUUCUGAUGCUGAUUGUGAUGGACCAUCCUCUUGUUCCAAAGGUAAGGGAGGUGAUGAUAAGAUGCAUCCUCAAACUGUUAACUGCACGGAAAUUAGUAGUCACGGGGCAGCUCACCCUUUGGAUGAGUUAUCAGAUACCUCUGCAAAUGUGAUCUGUACACAUCCUUCUGAUAACAGAACUACUGAAAGCUUCCGAUGUUCUAGUUCCAAUCCUAGAAACAAAGAGGCAGAACCCAUGUCCCAUCUUGAAGCAAUCACAGUGUGCUCAAAAUUUGGUUCUGGGCACGAGGAAAGUGGUGUUAUACGUAGAAAGAUCGAGUCCCUGAAUCAUGGGGAGCUGAGAAAUUUUGAUGGCCACUUGUCGAAUCCCACUAACAACAGGGUCAGUAGCAUUCCCCAAAUUCAAUGUAGGAAUAUAGAGGUUGGUGCACGUCCUGUAGAGAGUGGUGUGGUUUCCUCAAGCGAGGCCUCCAUGGAAGCACCUCCUGCUUCUUUCCAGUUCUUUGUCAGGUCAGAAGAGGGGAUUAACCUCCAUGUUGAUUUGAGCUCAAGCCCAUCUGAUUGGGUCAAGAGACUGAGGGAUGAAGUGUGUAUGUACCGGAAAGUGCACCGUAGCAAGCCUCGCGUCCUUCAUAGGGAGCUUGGGUGUUUAGGAGAUGGUGGUGAAUGCAUGAAGACUAAAGUGGCAGGGUGUCCAGAGACGAGCCUACAAACUAAAGGCAUCGAGAGGAACAUUGAUUCCUUCUGCAUGAAAUCUUCCUUGAGUUCAACUGACGUAGAGACUUCAGAUUGUGGGGCCCAUUGUCAAGAUGCAGCUAAUGAACCUUCAAGUAGCAAUCCUAUAAAUGUGUCAGGACAUCCGGGUGAGGAUAAGAGGGUGGUUUCAUCAUCCUUGGGUAAAUCUGAUUCUGAUGUACAAAUUCAAGUGAGACCCACUUGUGCGUUACCCCAAAAUUCAGCUGCUGCUUCUGUUAAAAUGACUACAACAGCAGACAGACUACAUUGCCCCAACUCAUUGGAGUGUCGGACUUCAAAAUCUACUAGCAGUUAUCACAAAAAUGCUGAAGCACAAUUUGUGGGCAUUUCGGACAUGGUUAGUAGUGUUUCAGAGAAAAACAGUCUUCCAUUGUCCGGUGAAACUUGUGAGGGUUUGUCCCCCCAUGAUUUGGGCUGUCUUGAGAAACAUAGUGAAGUGUGUCAAGGAUCCUCAGCAGGUGGGACCAUGGAGAUGCAUUUAUUGAGACAUACUGCUCACUGUGAUGACGCGUCAGCUUCACCCCAUCAAUUUGGUGGCCAACCAGAAGUGGAUUCUCCACUCGAGGGGAUGCCAUCAGGAAAGGGACGAUCUGGAGAACAUCAGCCUGACGACAAGAGAUGCAGUAGUCCUAUUGCCGAGGCUCCAACAUCUGCAUUUCCUGAAGAACAGGGAAGGGGCGCACUAGUAAACGAGAAAGAGAGCUCAGACUUUUUGCAAUUUGACAACCCGUCGGGCUCAGCCGGUAAAAGAACUCAUGACUCAGAAUUCCCAGAAGAACUCCAGAGUAAAAGACAGUGCGGUGAUGGUCAAAAUCAUGACAAUGCCCACACUGAAUCCACAAUGAAGAAUUUAAGAAGUUCAAAGAAUUUAGCAAGGGAACAGCUGCCUCCUAGGAGAUCCAAGCGGCUAGUGCCUAAGGUAGAGGUGCUAACACCUCCACAGAAGGUGGAGUUCAAAGUCAACUCUAAUAGCCCUGGAAUAUGCAAUCCUAGACCCUUGGUGUGGAUGGCAUUUCUUCUUCUUCUUCUUGAAGUGACCAUUAUUCUUUGUAGACUUGAACAUUGGAAAUGACGGUUCGUAUUAAAAUCAUCUGUUCCCAUUGGAAGCAAGAGGCGUUAUGGCGAUAAAAACUUACUGUGUCAACUUUUAAUACCAGAGUAAAGUUGGGGGGAGUCAUGGUGUUCAACUUGUAACCCAUAGGCACCAAGCUGCUCAUAUCAAUCAAGGUAGAUUCUAACUCGACCCGUAUAAUCUCAACCAUUCAUUUGCAAAAGAUACAGGAUAUUAAAGCCACUCCUCCUUUGAUCGACCUUAAGUCCAUUGGACCAUCGGUGCUGCAAGAAACUUUUUUGUGUUCAGUCAUCAUGGCCCAAUAGAUCAUCGGCGCUGCAAGAGGCUUGUUGUGUUCAGUCAUCAUGGGCCAAUCGAGGAUCUUUUCUCUCUCUGGGAAGCAUGGAUGUUUGAUGCGAACAUACGAUGAUGGCCCACAUGUAGUUUUUAUGUGUAAUUCGAUUACACUUAUUUUGAUGCAUUACAUUCACAUUUUACACAGAAAAGGUAAGGAAAAAUUCUCUCUUCUUUGGAAAGCAAUGGACCAUGGGAACUUUCUAGUA